AUGUUGUGUCGCAAAGCCCGCCGACAGUCGCAAUAUGUUGAGAGACCUUUGGAGGCCGGAUCGGACGAUAAAAUCGAAGUAUUCGAGAGCCAGAAAGAUCAAGAGACCGAAAGCCCCAAGCAAAAUGAGCCAAAUAUCGGGGAGAGACUCACCUGUUGUAUCUCCUGCCGAUACUUCGGAUUCCGAUCGGAGCUCAUGAUGGAUGGCGAUGAGGCUUCCACCGGUGUUCAACCAGUAGGAGUGAGUGCUGAUGAAUUGAUUCGAGGCAAAGUGAGAGAAGAUGGCGCAAGGAGGAUGAAGCUCUGGACGUUCGAAGAAGCACAGGCCGAUCUGGGGGAGAUAAGCGAUAACCGGAUAUUCCUUGAUCCGGCGGUGGCGGAGUAUUCUGCCGGUAUCGCGGGGCACGGAGUUCUUUUUUUCGGACUGUUUGUUGGUCAGUGA